AUGGCAUAUCCAAGCAGUGCUGUGAACGAAUCCUCUGCCGGAAGCAGUCCAGGUGGCCCGCAGCGGGAGAACGGCGACCCUCAGGCCCUCUGGCAAGCGAAGGCGAUUCUCGUCCGAGACGUGUCCCUGGAAGCUUUGAGAGCUUGGCUGGCUUCUCCUGGCAGCGAUGUCGAGAAGGCGCUUCGGAAGGCCAUGCGCAUCCGACACGCCAAGCUGUGCCAAACGACGCGUUCGGCUGUGGCACGGCGCGUUCUUGGCGUGGCUGUGGCUCGUGGGCGUCUUUCUCACCUGCUGCAGGAAGUUGCACCCGGUCACGACUGCGACGCCGAGCUGCUUCUUGAACUCUUCGUGGCACGAGAGCUGCCUCGUGUGCUGGAGGAGAUGGAGCAUCCCUCUUUCGCUUUGGCCGCAUCCCAGAAGACGGAGUGGCGGCAAGUCUUGGCCGAUGCGUGCAGUCGACCGCUGUUUGGUCCGGAUGACUCUGCCACCCUGGCCAAGCGCUUGUCUGUUGCUUGGUCCUUGCCUUUGUGGAUGGCAGAGCGCUGGCUGCAACACCUAGGGCCUCUGUCAGCUUUCCAGCUUGGCCGCUCCAUGUGCCAGCCUGCGAGGAUCACGCUUCGCGUCAACACCCUCCGGACGACCCGAUUGGAGCUUAUGCAGCUGCUUUCAGAGCAUGGGGUCCGCAGCAUCCCAACAGCGGAGAGCCGUUUUGGCCUGUGGCUCCCGGACGGCAGGCCACCCUGUGGGGGCGUUUGGCAGCUUCCGGGCUACAGCCAGGGCCUUUUCGAGGUUCAGGACGAGGGCUCCCAAAUCUUAGCUCUCGCUACAGAGGCCCGUCCCGGGGAGACGGUUCUGGACUAUUGCGCCGGUCGCGGUGGCAAAACCUGGCUGCUCUGUGCCCUCGUGGCCCCACAUGGGCGUGUCACCGCCUGGGAUGUGGACGAAGAUCUCCGCAAGCAGCUGCUGGGAGCUCGAGCCAAACGUGCAUCUGUCGCUGAGCUGUUGGAGGUCGCAGAAACCAAGCCGUCGUCCCAGGCUGACGUGGUGCUCGUGGAUGCCCCUUGCUCCUCGUGCGGCGUUUGGAGGCGGCACCCUUCGCAAAGGUGGGCUCUUCAAGAGUCAGAAAUCGACCGCAUCGCGGCGCAGCAGCUGCAGAUUCUGGAAGAGGCCUCACAGCUCGUCCACGUGGGUGGCCGCCUGGUUUAUGCAACCUGCUCCUUGCUCCGUGCGGAGAACGAUGCCGUCGCCGAGCGCUUCGAACAACUGGCUGGGGAUUGCUUUCGACGUUGGCCUUUCGAGAGCGGCAGGACACGGCACAACUUGUGCUGCAGCCUAAACUACAGCUUACAGAUCGCUAGGACCCCGGACAUCAUGGGUUCCAGGAAGAUCAGAGACAUCUUGCCCCCGAAGAACAUGAAGAGCAUGGCAGAUCUGGACGAGUUCGACGAAGCAGAACGAGCCUUCGAGAACCAGUAUGAGAAGGUCGAACCCUCCUUGUUGGGGGAGGGCACCUACGGCAAGGUCUUCAAAGCGAGAUCGAUUCGCACCGGCGAGCUGGUGGCCAUGAAGCAAAUGAAGAUCGAAAGCACGGAGGAUGGAAUGCCUGGCACUGCCCUGCGCGAAAUCGCUCUUCUGAAGGAGCUCAGGGAUCACGAGAACAUCGUGCGGCUCAUCAAUAUCUUCUACAAGCCCAACAAGUUGGUGCUGGUCUUCGAGUACGUGGAGAACGACCUCAAGAAGUGCUCGCUGCUUCCAAAGCUGAGCUGUUUCGUUGCAAUGUUCUGGCAUUCGACACAGAACUCCAUGCAUGUGGUCAACAGAUAUACCACGGUAGCCGAGUGA